CGGUCAGGUGACUGACGCUCGCGCAGCUGUGCAAGCUCUUUAUCCCUCUCCAUCACACGCACCCUGAACACUGAGAUAGAGGCUGACAGACACAGCGGAUAUAGAGAACAAACCAGACGAACAGCACAUUGGCCACGCAACAACGGGGGAUACGGCAUGGGGGACCGUAAGGCUUUAUUGCUGUUGAUCGUGGCGACCGCGGCACUGGCCGCUGAGGUGCCGACAGACGGCUCAGUUGGCUUGCUGGCGGAGCCUCAGGUGGCCAUGUUCUGCGGGAAACUCAACAUGCACAUCAACGUGCAGAGCGGCAAGUGGGAGUCAGACCCCAGCGGCACCAAGAGCUGCAUCGGCACCAAGGAGGGCAUCCUGCACUACUGCCAGGAGGUGUACCCAGAGCUUCAGAUCACCAACGUGGUGGAGGCCAACCAGCCCGUCACCAUCAGGAACUGGUGCAAGAAAGGCCGCAAGCAGUGCCGCAGUCACCUGCACAUCGUGGUGCCCUACCGCUGCCUGGUGGGGGAGUUUGUGAGUGACGCUCUGCUGGUUCCUGAUAAGUGCAAGUUCCUGCACCAGGAGCGCAUGGACAUGUGUGAGAGCCACCUGCACUGGCACACAGUGGCCAAGGAGUCGUGUGGAGACCGCACCAUGAAUCUCCACGAUUAUGGGAUGCUGUUGCCAUGCGGAAUUGACCGUUUCCGGGGCGUGGAGUUCGUCUGCUGCCCUGCAGAGAUGGAGCGAGAGUCUGAUAGCACGGAGCUGGAGGAGGAUGACUCUGAUGUGUGGUGGGGCGGACCGGACACAGAUUACACCGAUAACAGCAUGCCACGGGAGUCCGGACCUACAGAGCAGGAUGAUGCGGGGCCUGCUAUAGGAGAGGAUGAUGAGGAUGUGGAGGAGGAAGCCCUGGAUAACGACGAAGACGGUGACGGUGACGAUGAUGACGAAGAUGAUGAUGACGACAUGACCGACGAGCGCGAUGCCAGCGAGCACACCACCAAUGUUGCCAUGACGACAACCACCACCACAACCACGGAGUCAGUGGAGGAAGUGGUCAGAGAGGUGUGUUGGGAGAAGGCAGAGACGGGACCGUGCCGCGCCAUGCUGCCGCGGUGGUACUUUGACCGCGACGAGGGCCGCUGCGCCCCCUUCAUCUACGGGGGCUGCGGGGGCAACCGUAAUAACUUUGAGUCGGAGGAGUACUGCUUGUCAGUCUGCAGCAGCGUGUUACCCACCACUGCCCCCAGCCCACCUGAUGCAGUCGACCGCUACCUGGAGACCCCCGGGGAUGAUAAUGAGCAUGCCCACUUCCAGAAGGCCAAGGAGAGCCUGGAGGCCAAGCACAGGGAGAGAAUGUCUCAGGUGAUGAGAGAAUGGGAGGAGGCUGAAAGAGAGGCGAAGAGCCUGCCGCGUGCUGACAAGAAGGCCGUCAUCCAGCAUUUCCAGGAGAAGGUGGAGAGCCUGGAGCAGGAGGCGGCCAGCGAGAGGCAGCAGUUGGUGGAGACGCACAUGGCGCGCGUGGAGGCCCUGCUGAACGACCGCCGUCGCCUAGCGCUGGAGAACUACCUGACCGCCCUGCAGGCCGACCCCCCCAGGCCCCGCCAUGUCUUCAGUCUGCUGAAGAAGUAUGUGCGCGCGGAGCAGAAAGACAGACAGCACGCCCUCAAGCACUUUGAGCAUGUGCGCAUGGUAGACCCCAAAAAGGCAGCGCAGAUCCGCCCCCAGGUGCUGACCCACCUGAGGGUGAUCGAGGAGAGGAUGAACCAGUCUCUCGGGCUGCUGUACAAAGUGCCCGGCCUCGCCGACCAGAUCCAGGACCAAGUGGAAGAGCUGCUGCAGAGGGAGCAGUCGGAGAUGUCCCAGCAGAUCUCGUCCCUGCAGAGCGAUGUCAGGGUGAGCUACGGAAACGACGCCCUGAUGCCCGACCUGCCGGACAGCACCCCGCCCCUGGACCUGCUGCCCCCUGAGGAGGCGGGGCCGGGCCUGGACGGGCUGGGCUUCAUCCACCCCGAGAGUUUCGGACAGGCCAACACUCAGAACCAGGUUGAACCAGUUGAUGUGCGCCCUGCCCCUGAUAGAGGACUUCCUACUCGACCAGGGUCUGGUCUGAAGCCAGAGGAGGUUCCUGAGCUCAGGAUGGAUUCGGAAGUGAGGCAGAGUGCUGGAUAUGAAGUACACCACCAGAAACUGGUCUUCUUCGCCGAGGACGUGGGCUCCAACAAGGGAGCCAUCAUCGGGCUGAUGGUGGGCGGAGUCGUCAUAGCGACCGUCAUCGUCAUCACCCUGGUGAUGUUGAGGAAGAAGCAGUACACAUCCAUCCACCACGGAGUGAUAGAGGUGGAUGCCGCAGUGACCCCAGAGGAGCGCCACCUGUCUAAGAUGCAGCAGAACGGCUAUGAGAACCCCACCUACAAGUUCUUCGAGCAGAUGCAGAACUGAGGGCCAGGCACACUACGCCAUCUCGCAACCCCUCCCCCCCUCCCUCCCUCACCCCUCCCCCCCCAUCCCCCCUUUAACCCCAGUCUGAGAGCUUUUUACAGGACAGUGUGGGCAGGGCAGACGCACACAACAUUCCCUGUCAUUCGCUUCGUCACCACAUCAGUGAGCACGGCCACUGGCGUCGGCUGCCAGCGCCAGUAGAUGUGUGCUUUUCCUGUGGCUGAGUAAUUUCACGUCAGUUGCGAUUGACUUGAGCGUUCGUUUUCUUUUUAAAUUUUCUUUUCUUUUCUUUCCUUCUGACUGGCCUGCCCUGCUGUCACGAUGGAGAUGGAGUUCCAUCUCUGGAAGCUUUUAAAAACGCGGCGGUGUUGAUUUAGCCGCUUGUCUGGAGCCCCUGGUCCGCUGCUCUGUAGGAUAUUCUGUCGUGAUUGGUGCAGAUCUGUGCGUUCUUCUGUAUGUCAGUUUGUUUAGUCCCUUACACUGUCCUGCUCCGCCCCUACACUAGUGUAUUCCUACAGAAUAGGUUGGUGGGGGGAGGUCAAAAAAAAAGUCAUCAGUCUCUCCGCCCCUCUUCUCCUCCUCCUUCCCUCCUCUCUGUGUGCUUGGAUGACAGCUGUGCUGUGUUUGACCACGCCUGGUUCUUAGUGGGGAAAAAUAUUAACGAUGCUCUUCACCGAGCUCUUUAUUUUAGGAUUAUGCUGUUUUGCGUUUGUUUUUCCAAAAAACAAUCAAAAUAGAAAAAAACAAAUAUAAAAAAAAAACACUGAAGGAAAAGUGUGGGGGGAGGGGGGGAUUUUUUUAUUUGCGUGAAAUGUAUUGAAUUAGUGACCGAGACUAACUGUAUCUAUUUAGUGCAUGACUAUAAUGACGAGAGAAAAAUAGAUUUUUGUUCUGCUACUUGGACUGGUCUUUUCUCAAGUAGAGAUUGUGUAAUUUAGCAGGAUUGUAAAUUUAGUGUAUUGUGAUCACGUGAUUUAAAGAAAACAAAAAAGAAUUCAGAAUGUGGUCUGCUCUUAUCAUGGAGACAUGCUUUAAGAAACUGAUGCUUUUGUUUUUAAUCAUGCCAUGCCCCCUCUAGUGGUCAGAGAUGGGAAUGCAGAAUGGUUUGCAAGGGGUUGGCUAGCAGUAAGUGUGUAAUUAAUUGAAAGUUUUAUUUUGUUGGCUUACUAUGCAUUCUCAGAGAGUAUAUUAUUUAGAGGGUCUUUAUUCAAAUUUAUUUUGCUUUUUUUUUUUUUUCAGAAGCUCAGGAGGUGGGGGGGAGGGGUGGGUUUACUGUAGUGGGAUUGAGCAUAUUCUCCGUUCUUGUUUCUGUGUCUGCAUAUUUCAUAUAUGAAAAAGAAAUUGGUUGAAAACAGUGGUUGAACCCUCCUCCCUCCUUUCCUGUGUAUCAUAUUCAGGGGUGCCAAGGAGGGGGAGUGAACUUCAAUGACAAAACAAUUCCCUCAACCACCCCUCUCUCUCUCAUUAGAAACCUAUACCUGUUGCCCAGAACACCAUAGCCACACACCUCCGGCCCAUCUUGUGUGUCAUGUAGGGUUCAUAAGGUUAUAAAAGGCCUUGGUGAACAGAUUUGACACAUGGACCCCCCCUCUCCCCCACCCCUGCCUUCCUGUGCUGAUCCUCCAUCUCUCAUUUCACCCCUCUCUUGUUUUAGAUUACUCUAGUAUAUUUAUCAACAACUUUUAAAUAUCAGAGUACAGUAUAUUGUACUGAAUGUAUCAAUAUUUGGCAAGUUCAUAUGGGAGCACCUGUCCUGCCCCCCACCAUCCUGCCCCAGGCCUCAGAGAUAGCCCCACCCCUCUCACCUUCAGGGGGGGUCAUCAGUCUGGAAAUUUAGCCAGUUCCCUAAAGCUCUGGCGGUCAGUUAACUGUCACAUAAGACUAGAGAUGAUCGACGGAUGGGAUUAUGUAGGAGACAGUCCAUCCCUUUUGACAGCGCAUCUGAAAAGUUGAAUCGGUCAUACAGAAAUCAUCAGCAAUUCAGUCCAUGCGCAAGAGGAGAAAUCAUUAAAUCAAUAGCUUAUUUAAGGACAUCUUUCUUUUUGUUACAAUCUAUAGCUUUUUCAUGUUUCGUAUUUCAAAAGGUGAAAAAAUGUGUAGGCAGAAAAGGCAACUGCUUCGAAAUGAUUAUUGAUUUUUUUUUUUUUUUUUUGAGCGUAAUGUUUGCUUGAAUGUAAUUGGCCCCAAAUUGAAGAUCCCUGAAAGGCAGGAAGUCACCUUCAUGAAAUGAAGAAUUGAGGGGCUGGAACAGUCAUAGGCAAAGAGCGUGUAACUGCUCACCCUACAGUAAUGCAGGAGCUAGCAGUUCGAUCACUUGGCUCCUCCCCACUGCAGUCUGUGUCCACUCCGUCCUCUAGGACUGGGAUACUCAAAUCUGGCCCCCAGGCUGUGGACUACCAGGCAGAAGAGUCAUUCAGCAGUACUACUGACCUUGAGGGCCAGAUUUCAGUAUACCUGUUCUACGACCACAGUGCCCUGUCUCGCUCCCGUGUUGCCCUGGACAGGAAAUUAAGAUGAGGAGUCAUAACUGAAUCCAAGGGGUCCAUUCCCUUGUCCCCCCGAUUUCCAAAGUGAGGGCAACAUUAGCCACUAAACAGUCAGUUUUCCUGAAGGAGGUACAAUGUUAUAAAGCCACACAGGUGGAGAGUGUGGGAAACGUAGUAUGCAGAUGGAUUUGUAGUUUUUUUAGUUGAAGCAGGAAAAGCCUCCAUUAUCAUUGAAUGUGAUUGUUACGCUGUUGCAUAAGCUUCCCCGGCAUUACACUACACAACACACAAACCAAAGCCCUUCAGACAGGUGCGGUAUUCGUAAAAAAGGUGGGUGUGUCUUAUCGAUUAGGAACGCCUUUUCUAGCAGGGAUUUGGACUGACCCAAUGCCUGAAAACCUCUAGCAGGCAUCAGAACUGUACCAAUGCCUGAAUGAAGGAAGGGGGUGGGAGUAGGAAGUGCGGUGAUGGAGUGAAUUAUUGUAUUGUGACGUUGUUUCUUUAGUGUUGUUAUGGAGUGCCUGCGAUGGUCAGUAGGGGGCAGUAGAGUUAGCAGGGUUUUUCCUUUGUGAUUUUUCUGUGCAACUGUACAAACCAUUUGCUUUGACAGGGAAAGCUUUCUACACUGUAUUACAUAAAUAAAGUUCAAAAUGUACAUACA